AUGAGUGGCUUACCAAACGUGAAAAACGAGAUUCAUUGGACCCACACAGAAAUAAAUAGGAGUAUAUUUCCACUUUUGGCGCCUCAUUUACUUUUUGUUUUUGGAAAGAAAUAUCCUACUUCGGGCUUAAACCAAACAUGCACUCUUCUAUCAAUCUCAAACAUUCAUCGAUCUCUUCCAUUUCCAUUGACAAUUUCAUCUAUACCCACUAAGUCAAAUCCUCAAUUUCCUCCCAAAGACCCAAUCAUUUUUACUUCUCUAAAAAAUUCAUCUACUUUCUUGACAAUUUCAUCAACACCCACCAAGCCAAAUCCUCAUCUCUCUCAUAAAAAACCAAUCUUUUUCACUUCUAUGCAGUAUUCUGCAAAUAGGUAUUACUCUAAUUCAACUUCAAGAACUAAAAAACCAAACCUUUCCUCAGUUUCUUGCUUAAUCAUGGAAGAACGACCAUUUGAUGAAAGGUUAAGUGUUGUUGACAAAGUUCAAAGUUUAUCUUUGGAAUUUAGGUCCUUAUCAGAACCAAUUGAUAGAGUUAAAAGAUUAUUACACUAUGCAAGUAUACUCCCUCCAUUAAAUGAGUCAUCAAGGUUACAAGAAAACCAAGUUUUCGGGUGUACAACACAGGUUUGGUUAGAAGUUAGGAUGGAUAAUAAGGGUUAUAUGAGGUUUAGAGUAGAUAAUGAUUCAGAAAUUACAAAGGCGUUUUGUUCUUGUUUGAUGUGGGUACUUGAUGGUGGAAAACCAGAAGAAAUUCCAAGUGUUACAGCUGAGGAUUUUGCAGAUAUGAAUGUGGGAUUACCUAAAAAAGGACGUUCAAGAGUUAAUACUUGGCAUAAUGUGUUGUUUAGUAUGCAAAAUAGGACUCAAGAUUGUGUUCAGGAGAGGAAGAGAGCUUUGUCUUUAGAAGAUCCAAAGGGAUCUGAGGUUGGUGUUAAGUAGCAAUUUAUAUUUUAUUGGCUUGUUUAUGUUUUUGGUUGAAUCUAGUACACCAUGAUCAUUGGAAGAUCCAAAGGGAUCUUUGAAUUCUGGUUUUAAAGAAAUAAGUUUGUACCUUUAAUGAUGGACUACAUGAUAAAAUACUUUUUUUUUUGUAGUUGGAAUAGUAGUGCACUAGAGUUUGUUUCUUAUUCAGGAUAAUUUAUGUGGUAAAUUAGUAUAGAAUAUAGUGUGGAAGUUCCACCAACCACCACUUUCAGUAAUUUUUUAGUCUUUUCAAAUUUUAAUUAAUGAAAUAUGAAAAUCAAUAGAGAUUUUAAAAUUAAUAGUAAGUAU